AUGUAUGAGCCAUUGGCAAUUGUUGGAACAGCAUGUCGGUUGCCAGGUGGUGCGAGUUCGCCAUCGAAACUAUGGGAUCUCUUGAAGGAGCCGAGAGACGUUCUCAAAGAAUUUCCACCGGAGAGGCUAAACACGACGGGAUUUUACAACAAUAAUGGCGACAUGCGAGGUCGCUCAAAUGUCCUUCACAAAUCCUAUUUGCUGGAGGAAGAUGUCCGUCAUUUCGACAACGCCUUCUUUAACAUCAAUCCAAAGGAAGCGGCUGAUAUGGAUCCUCAACAGAGGAUACUCCUGGAAACUGUCUACGAAGCCUUUGAAUCAGCUGGAUGGUCACUAGGCGAUGUCGACGGCUCUCAGACCUCAGUUCAUGUCGGCAUAAUGACGGAUGAUUAUAAUCUGAUCCAGGGCAGAGACCCCGAUACGUUAGGAGGACAUGCCGCUACCGGGGUAUCACGUUCCAUUCUAGCCAAUCGGCUAUCCUACGUCUUCAACCUACAAGGGGCAUCUUUGGCUCUUGAUACAGCAUGUUCCAGCUCUCUUGUCGCCCUACACAUGGCAGUACAGGGCCUUCACCGAGGUGAGGCCACUCAAGCAGUUGUAGCGGGCACCAACCUGCUGAUGGACUCCUCUUGGUACAUUAUGGGGUCUUCGAUGCACAUGAUAUCUCCAGAGUCUCGAUGUCGCAUGUGGGAUAAGGAUGCCAGUGGCUAUGCUCGAGGUGAAGGUUGCGCUGCAGUGUUGGUGAAGACUCUCUCCCAGGCGAUCCGCGAUAAUGACCAUAUCGAAUGUAUUAUCCGAGGAACUGGUGUCAACUCAGACGGGCAGGGCAACAGCAACGGUAUCACGAUACCGUCACCUGCGGCACAAACUGCCCUGAUCCAGCAGACAUACCGUGAUGCUGGCCUGGACCCCAUAACGGACCGGUGCCAAUACUUCGAGUGUCACGGCACUGGUACUCAGGCUGGUGAUCCUGCGGAAGCCCAAGCAAUUCAAGACGCAUUCCGCGACGACAGCGAGCCUCUGGUCAACAGCACGUUGUACUGUGGGUCCAUUAAAACGGUUAUUGGUCAUUUGGAAGGCUGUGCUGGACUGGCUGGAUUGAUUAAGGCCUCGCUGGCCAUCCAGAACAAGGCCAUUCCUCCCAAUAUGCAUUUCAACAACUUGAACCCAAAGGUUGAGCCAUUUUACGCAGGCUUGGAGGUACCCACAGCCCUUUUGCCCUGGCCAGAGACGGGCGAUGGUCCUCGCAGAGCCAGUGUUAACAGCUUCGGUUUCGGUGGCACUAAUGCUCACGCUAUUCUCGAGAGUUAUGGGCCCUCAAUUACAGAGGUUUCCCCAAGAUCAACUCCGUCAGAUGUGGGAACCGGCAGAAUCUAUCAAUAUGAUGGAGCUCCCGUGGCACCACUGGUGUUCUCGGCUCGGAGCCGAUCUUCAUUGCUUGACUGGCUCAGGGAGCUACUCAACUAUCUGCGAGUGAACGAGUCCGUAGAUCUUGACUCCUUGAGCAACACGCUAAAUUCAAAGAGAUCCGUGUUUCGGUAUCGAAUUGCGAUCCCUACCGUGGUUGAUCGCCAGGAUCUCAUGGAAAAGCUGGAAGACCAAAUCAACAUCAUCAGCACCUCAAUGGGCGGACCUCUUCAACCAUCACCUGGACCCAGUAGUGGGGAAGGGGCAUCUAUUUUGGGGGUGUUCACCGGUCAGGUAUGCUCGGUCUGA